AAGACAUCCGUAAAUUUAGCUCAAAUAUUACGCCAAUUGAUUUCGUGUGUAUUUUAAUCACAAUUUAUUUAAUUAUUAAAUCAAGAUAUUUUAUUCAAAAUUAUUUGUUUAAGCCGUUAUGUGUGUCACUUAAAUCCAACAUCAAUUAUGUGGACAAAGCAUGUGAUAGCGGUUUCAAACUGUGCUGCCAUACUCUGGUCACUCUAUUGGCCAUAAGAAUAUUAUUUUUCAAAGACUGUACCGUAUGUUUUGCUAAGUUUGACUUUGUAUAUUCGGAGACAACACCGAUGCCAACCUUAAUCAAAAUCUAUUACUUUAUACAAAUUUCAUAUUAUUUGGAGGGUUUAUAUACCGAGUUAUUUGCCGCGCCCCAGAAGAAAUUAAUCACGGCCAUCUUGAUGCUUGUACACCAUAUGGUCACGAUCAUUUUGGUGUUGGGAUCGUAUAUGACCCGUAACCAAGAUUGCGGAGUUGUAAUCAUGUUUUUGCACGAUAUAAACGAUAUAUUUAUUGAUUUUUCAAAACUGUUAUACGCUGUGAGGGAACAUAAUGGUAAAAUUAGGCCACAUUUUAAGAUGGCCUACACUAUCGGUGCCUUUUCCCUACCGGUCACUUGGGUUAUAAGCCGUUUAUAUUACUUCCCGCUCAACGGUAUAUACAGGGCGUCACUAUUACCCGAAAGUUAUACUAUAUUAACUCUACUACACAUUUUGCUGCAAUUGAUCAUGGUGAUGAAUGUAAUCUGGUCAGUGUGGAUGUGUAUCUUCUAUUAUCAGGUCAUCAAUGGUAAAGAAGUGGCGGACCCGAUGUCUGCGGACACCAAUAAAAAGUCCAAUUAAUUUGUCAUUUUUAUUAAUUAUGAAUG